CACGUAGAUUAUGUGAGCAAAUAUGUCUUAUAUAAUUUUAAAAAUAAAUUAUAUAUAAUCUAUUGCUUCGAUAUUAUGAAAUAACAUAAUUUCACUAGUUAAAAUUUAUUAACUAAAUAGUUUGAUAUCAUAAAGUAUAAAAUGAGAUUAGUUAAUAUUGAACACUUAAAUUUUAUUAUUAUUAUUAUUUUAAUCUUGACAUUAAUAACAUGUAUCUUGCAUGACAUAAAAAAUGAAUAUAUCAAAUACGAGUUAAAAUUUUAUUAAGCAAGCUAGUUCAAAUUCGACUCGACUCGACUUAUUCAUAAACGAGCCGAGCUCGAGCUCAACUCAUCUCAACCUAGGGUAAAUUUCAAUUCGACUCGAGUCAUUUGCAGCCCUACUUGCAUGAGUAUUGAGUAGUGAGAUUGGCAAACAAACUAGGGCCCUUUCUGGUCCGAUCUAACACGAUUGGACUUGGACCAAUAUUCCACCAAGCUCUUAUGGGCCAAUCCAUCUUACUUUGCUUGUGUCCACCAAGCCCAACCAACCGAGCUGUAGUUCCUGUCAAGCAUGGGCUACAAUGGAGCCCGAAUCUGAUAUUGCAUUGCAUGCCUCGGUACCACUAGAUAACGUCUUGGGCCCUGGCGAAGAUUUACGCAACAAACUUAGGGAAGGUGCCCAACCCAGUCCAAUUGCAAAGCCGAAGUGGAAGGAGGGACCCCUGCAAAAGCCCAAUCUGGUUCUGUGGCCCAGGCCCAACAAAUGUCAACAACAACAAUAGUCUCACUCGGUCAACCAACUCAGCCCGACUCACCUACCUAAGAUACGUGCGUGGCAGAUUAUUAUUAUUAUAUUAUUGCCAGUUGGCUGAGCAGACAAAUGUGAUGUAAAUUGUAUGCUAAAAAAUUUGUGCGGCCUAGAGUUUUUAAAGGGAAUGUUGGCCUAAUUCAUGUCUAUAUUUGUGGGGUUCUUGGUAGCAAAUUUUGUAUAAACCUCGAGUUCACGAAAUCGUUAGAUAUCUAGUUUUCGUUCAAUAUUUGUGAUGUCUAGCGAGAAACUAGAUAUUUUGAUUGAGUUUCACUGAUAAUAUGAAUAUUUGAUACAUCAUCUUGAUAUUUAACGUGCAUAGCGGAUAGUGUACACGAUUCGGUGAAAAUUCUGUCGAUCUUAAUUCAUUGGUAGUACAAAUUAAAAGUUUCCAUUGCACUUGUUCAACACAGAAGAUCAAGUGUUGCAAAGUCAUUAUUUGAAAAUCUUGAGAUACUACCAGAACCCGAAAAACAAAAAUAUGUCUAGUCUCCAUGUAAAUGUGUGAGAUCACGAAUCGCCGAACUAAUUUUAAUAAGUCAAUUGCUAAAUUCGCGUGAUGACUAUUGUAUAGUGAUCGAUCCGAUCCGUACUCCGAAAGAAACUGAAUUUUACUAUACAUUAUUGCUCUAUGCAUUUUCCCUUUAUUCUAACCUUGAUAAAGUUUUGGAUUCCCCUCGAUUCUUAACCGGACAAAUCUCAAGUGAUUUUUCCUUAGAUUUUUUUUUUUAAAACCCCUGAAAACUGGCAAAAGAAAAACCCAAAAGUUAAAUCUGCCGUUUGGAACCAUUAAUAUAAAGCAAACUCUCCUGUCCACACUUCCACACUCUCUGCACUCUCAAAAAGCUCUUCUCCCCCUUCCAGUUCCAUCAAUGGAAACCUUCGGCAUCCUCGCCACCCUCUCCGUCUGCCUCCUCGGCGGCAUCUACUGGUUCGUCUGCCUCCUGGGCUCGGCCGAGCAGAAGGGCAAGCACGCCGCCCAGCUCUCCGGCGGCUCGAUCUCCGCCGAGAAAGUCCAGGACAAGUACCAGCAGUACUGGUCCUUCUUCCGCACUCCUUCACAGAUCGCAACCGCCGAGAAGGUUCCCGCAUUCGUCGACACAUUCUACAACCUCGUCACCGACAUCUACGAAUGGGGUUGGGGCCAAUCUUUCCACUUCUCACCUUCCCUGCCGGGGAAAUCCCACCGCGACACCACCCGCCUCCACGAGGAAUUCGCCGUCGAUCAGCUCAAAAUCAAGCCCGGGAGCCGGAUCCUCGACGCCGGGUGCGGAGUCGGCGGCCCGAUGCGCGCGAUUGCGGCGCAUUCCGGCGCGAAAGUGGUCGGGAUCACGAUCAAUGAGUAUCAGGUGAAAAGGGCUCGCGACCACAACAGGAAGGCCGGGCUCGAUUCGCUGUGCGAGGUCGUCUGCGGCAAUUUCUUGAAAAUGCCGUUCGAGGACGCGAGCUUCGAUGGGGCGUACUCGAUCGAGGCGACCUGCCAUGCCCCCAAGCUCGAGGAGGUAUACUCUGAGAUUUUUAGGGUUUUGAAGCCUGGAUCGAUGUAUGUUUCGUACGAAUGGGUGACCACUGAUCUGUACAAAUCGGAGGAUCCUGUCCAUGUGGAGAUAAUUGAAGGGAUUGAGAGAGGGGAUGCGCUGCCAGGGCUUAGGAGGUACAACGACAUUGCAGAGACGGCGAUGAAAGUUGGGUUUGAGGUGGUGCAGGAGAAGGAUUUGGCGAGGCCGCCGGCGGGGCCGUGGUGGUCGAGGUUGAAGAUGGGGAGAAUUGCUUACUGGAGGAACCACAUUUUGGUGACUGCACUUUCUUGGAUAGGGAUUGCCCCCAAAGGUGUGGUGGAUGUUCAUGAGAUGCUGUUCCACACUGCAGAUUACUUGACUAGAGGUGGAGAGACUGGCAUCUUCACUCCUAUGCAUAUGAUUGUCUGCAAAAAGCCAGAGGCUUAAUCGCAAAAAACUAAAAGGGCGGUGGUCUAAUUCUUCCCUCUGGUUUGGCUUGGCUUGGCUUAAUCAUGGAUGGAGGUUGCUGCUGCUGCAAUUGAAAAUUAGCUGUGCUUUGGGGGUCCUGGUGAUAAUUUGAUAACUUUUGUUUCUUCCUUUUGUCCCUUUUCAAGAUAUUAGUUCUAGCUUUGGGAGCCUUAUUGGGUUUUAGCUGUGGUCCUUUUGUCUCUAUUGUUGUUUGCUGUUGGUGUUAGUUGGCAGAUAGCAACUGCUCUGUCUUUGGUUAGUUUCACUAGCUUCCUUCUUUGUUACCUCUUUUAGCAUAAUGCAGUGGGAGGACUACCAGUUGUGUUUUGGUUAUGGACAAGCAGGAUUGAAAUAGGGUUUGGUAUUUAUCUUACUCUAAUUUGUUGAACAUGAAGGAAGAACAGUUUCUGUGAGAAUUUUCCUACUCUUACUUAACCAUUUGCUCAAGUUCCUCAAAGUUCAACAAGUCUCUGCAUUUAUCUUCUUCAUUGCCUUGUUCCUCUUUGCAGACUCUGAUAUGAUGGUUCAACUGCAUUUAUGAAGGCAGCAUAUAUUCUAUACAUUUCCCUGAAUUUGUUUAUCUAGUUGCCUUUGAUUUAACGGGUGGAAUGUCUGCGUAUGGCCACCUGCUAGUUUGGUGUGUUACGGCUGAAAUUGAUGCUGGAAUAUAGCUGAUGUGUUCAGUUAUUGUCUUAAAUCCAUGGCAUGUGAUCCCAAUAGCUGUAUGGGGGACUCGUUUGUCAGAAUCAUCUGUUUUCCAACUUGGCUGGCUGCUGGUCAGGCCUCAAAUCAGAGGACACAAAGGAAGACUUAGAAAGCCUCGAGCUUUGUGUGUAAACAAAACACAACUCGUUCUGUGGUCAGUCAUUUAUUGAUUUCGUGCGGUCGCUCCCCAGUGGUAAGGGCAUUGCGCCGUAUCGCAAGGUAUUAAUGACCGCUUUUGAUGGUGGAUAUAUUCUGAUAUCAAUGAGAGCAAGAGGUACGAUGUGGACAUAACAACCUUGGGAUCAUUUAUGAUUCAGUAUGACUGUGAUAGACUUUAAUGUGCAUGCAUACUGUUGUUGCAUUUGAUGCCCAAGAUUCAGUAGUUGAGUUGGAUCUGGACGUCGACAGAGGCAGACAGUGACUUUCUUUCAUCGAGUGUUUAUGAACUGUGUUUAUGACAGAUUUAACUAGUUUGUGUCAUCUGAUGCUCAUUAUAGAACCCUUUACUUGUAUUUGUAUAUAGUUUAGCUGUCAGCUCAUGGAAGUGAACCUUUACACUGAACUUGAUCUUGUGAAGAAAAGGAAACAAGAUUAUACAAAGAUCUUUUGUUAUCACGUGACAUCUUGUUGUGUUGCAGAAUAUUGUAUUCUUUGUGGAUCUCAAAGUUUACAAAAUUACAGUGGAUCCAUUCAAUUCCAGGGAUUACAAUAAUGUUGGGUUCUUUUG